AUGAGGCGUAGUCAAGAAUAUGCUGCUACGACUAAUAGUGCCGCUACAGAUAUGGUCACAGCCCUAAGCUCAAGAGUAGUUCAAGACGUAUGGCAUGCUUUGAAACGCAUCUCUGUGCCCAAGGCACAUGAAAUUCGACGAAUGCUCCAACGAGAGCUUACUGAUGCUGUUUUUCUAAUGGAUCAGACAGAUGUUAAACGUGUCAAGGAUGUACUGGCCAAAAAAGGCAAGAUGUUGGAUAUAGGCGGCUUCCUGAAAUGA